GUUCCAUAGCUCUCAAAAAUUCUGAAUAAAACACUCAUGUAGAAAAAUUAAAACAAGAGUUCACACCCAACAAAAUGGGUAAUAGCUCCAGCAGUGAUAGUGAAGAUGAAGGACACGUGGACAACAAACAGGUUGAUGAUGGCUUUUCCGAUAGUGAUACAGAACCAGCUGACAAGGAGGCCUCUCCCGUGACUGAUCUUCAUGCUUUGUUUUCCGAACCCAAUGUUCUCAGAAGUGUGGCUGCGAAAAUCAAAGAAAAGAUCCCUGAAAAUGUCAUACACCAGUACCAUGGACACAUCAUGCGAUGGUUGCGGGAAAGACCAGAUAGAUUGGAGGAGACUGUUACACUGGCUCAGUUUUGUGAUCUGCUUAUGGCAAAGAAUGUUUCUAGAGCUGAAGCAAUCAAGGCCUUUCAGCAGUUCGACACAGAUGGCAGUGGAGUGGCCGAGGUGAGCAGCAUGCUAGACGCGCUCCAGUCCUACACGGGCGGAUACAUGAUGGGCGAGCUUGGCAAAAACAUCAGAAUGCUGCAAGCAUGUUCCUUGACGCCUGGUUUUGUAGAUGUGUAUGCAGGGGAUAAAAGUCCUAUCUUUAAUCACGGAGAAAGAGUCAUUAAGUACUUGCUGCGGAACAGAGCAGAGAGUUCAGCCCUGCCGUUUCCUUACCUCAAUGGGUUUAACAACACCAGCAACAUGAGGACGUCUGUGCUGAGAUCAGCUUUCACAUCUCUUAAAGAAGCAGCCUGUGACGAGAAUGAAGAACAGGAACUUGCCGAAGGAGAGGAGCUGAAGCCGAUCACGAGGUGUUUCUCGUCAGUCGAGGUGUCGACCAACUCAUCAGAUGCUUACAGAUUGACGAAUGGAGACCCCAACACAUUCUGGCAGUCUGACGGAGCCGCCCGCACUCACUGGAUCAGACUGCGUAUGAGAAACAACGUGGUGCUGAAGCAGCUCUCUAUCUCCGUGGCGUUGUCCGAUCAGAGCUACAUGCCUGAGUUGGUGACAGUAACCGCUGGGCGAAGUCCUCGCACGUUACGGGAACUCAAGGAGGUUCGCAUUUCUAGUCCUGUCACUGGUGAUGUCAUUCUGCUGAAAAAUGUCAAAGUUUUCUAUCCUAUUGUGCAGAUCAACAUUAACCGUUGCCGUAGUGAUGGCUGUGAUACGAGAAUCCAUGGUGUUAAGACACUUGGCUACAGAGUGGUGAAGGAAGCUGCGAUGACAGUGCUUGACGCCACAGCGAUAUGGUACCUGCAGAUUCUCGCCUCCACUGUCUCGGUGACCGUGCCUCAGUCUCCACAACUACGUUACUCAGUGCUGACACACACUCGGAAAGCACUGGAACACAUGCCUCCACUUUCUCUGUGUCCGGCAAGUAAAGAUCGUCCACAGUUCCUCUCGAAACACGUCCUGCAGGAAAUGGAAAACUUUAUCUUGGAGCUCUCUAACUGUGAUAAUAAUGUACUUCCUGAAGGACUUCAGCUUCUACUUGGGCUCAACUUGGCUCGUGGAAAUGUCACAGGAUUGCUCAAAACAGUGAAACAUUUUCUUGCCAACCCAGAUUUGUCUUUGCCUUGCACAUCUGUACUCUCCAAAAUGGUGGAAGCUAGAAAUAACUGUUGGGAGAAACAAUGUAGCCCUCUGCAGUUAACACUGUGUGGUUGUGAUGGUGGGCAAAGCGAAGAAUCUACCUCUCCCGAUAAUGUCAUCCUCAAACACGUUGGCACAACAUUCCCAAUGUAUCUAAGUGAAGAAGGGAAGACGAAAGUGAACAUGUUUUUCAAAUCAUCAGAAACAAUACAGCUGAUAAAGCUUAGAAUAAAGGCUGUCUCAGGCUCCAGAGGUCCACGGAGGGGCUUGGUCUUUGUAUUCCGAGAAAGCAAAGAAUUUAAACUGGAAGAACAGGUGGAGAGGUUCUCUUACUACGACAAGUGGGGCGAGAUUGAGUACAAGUUCAGCGUGCAAGUCAGAAACUCUGGAAUUGGAGGAAAACCUGACAACCCUGUGGCCUACUUCACAUUUGAUGAUGACUGUGAUGAAAUUGACAUUCCUGUCUCCUGGUACCCGUGUGGUCAGUACGUGUUAAUAAAGUUUCUGGAACCACGUCAGGACAGUGCACGACAUAUUGGUGUUGUUGGAAUCAAGUUCCAUGGUUUUCAGAGAAAGAAUGCGUUCGUCAGUGAUGAGAUUCUGGUUGAGCAUCCACCCAAUGCAGAGAAGCACGAGAAGUCGACGAGUUUGGACAUUGUCAAAUGGGUGCUGACAUUUCUUAUUGAUCUCUCUCAAGACCAGGUGAAGAAGAGCAAGUCAAAGUCUGACUAUCUCGACUAUUCUGAGGUGGAGUUGAACAUGUUGUGGGAAAUCUACAACAACUUCACUGACAGUCCCGAUGAAGGCUGGAAGCAGUGCAGCCUGUCACUACUGAGACUCCUCCACUGUUUCAUCCCAAUACUGUCUCCACUGAAGGAGUCUUCCAAAGAUGUGGCGGAGUCGAUGUUUCAUCACCUGUGUAAACUGAUAGACAGUCCAGGGAUUGAUCCCAAGAGUCAGGCCUACCGACUGGCACAACAGCUGAUUGUGGAUGGGGCAUCGUUGUUUUUUCCCGAUAAGGAAACGAAGCGACAAAGACUUUUCACUAUGGUGUCCAAUGUGGAUAAUUUGAAGACUGCUGCAUCAGUUUCCCUUGUGUUCCAGUCACUGUGUCACUUCUUCAGCUCCGUCGACCCCCGUGGACUUCUCGACAUACCGUCGUCAGCAACUCAAUCAUUUGAACCGAAAAAUGCGAUUGACGUGAUGCAGACACUGAUAGUGGUUGCGUCGCAGGAGUUUGAACUGUCGCUGCAGUCCAGUGAAGGAAGUGACCAGCUCGUCCACCUGAUACGUCUGAUGGGCUCGCUGCAAACCAGCCUCCUGUCCUGGUGCUGGCAGCAGAUGUUGGAUGAUGAUGAAGAUCUCAAAACCACAGCAGUCGAAACCGUGGUGUCGUAUGCAGUUCAGGUGUGUGAAAAGGCUGUCCAGGCUUGCCAGUUCUUGAUGAAGAAAAAAAAGCAUCAGAUUGAAAAGCUCAUCAAAAACCUUCAGCCUACGUUUCUGUCCUCGGUGGUUCGGCAGCUGGUGUUGAUACUGAACUUCAUGGGUAAACAGUUGGGCCCCGGCGCCCAGGUUACACUGCUGCACAACAUGAAGGCGCUGUUAACGGAGCUCACUGAUCUGGCAGGACUGGUUCCAGACCAAUUCCCAAAGAUUAACAGUGAAAACUGGGGAGACAUGUAUGCAGAUGACAUCACACUGAGAACAUGGGAAAUAGAAUCACCACACAACUAUGACAACAGCUCACACAUUAGUCAGGUGUUUUCCUGUCCUGGGGCUUCCAAGUUUAUUGUGGAUUUUGAUCCACGGUGUGAGACAGAGAGGAGGUACGACUACCUUGAAUUUACUGAUACCAAAGGGAUGAAGAUGAAGCUCGACCAGAAAGUUGGUUCUCCGAAGUGGCCCAAACAGAUCGUGUUUAGUGGACCGUACCUUCACUUCACAUUCCGCUCCGACAGUAGUAACACCGAGUGGGGUUACAAGUUCAAGGUGACUGCGAAGGGCUGCCCGGACGUCCCUCUGUCGUGGCCGUAUGACCUGCAGCUGGGCCUGUGUAAGCUGUUUGGAGGUCUCUGCGGUGCUGUCCUCUCAUCUAACCCAAUUGUGCCAAAUAGCAAUCUGUCGAGUCUUGAUGAAACUGGUGAUCAGGAUAUACUCCGAAGUGAACUGUGGACGUCGCUGUUCCGAGGCGGCUACCAGACGGGAAAAUUGCAGAGAACUCUGUCGGGGAAAGUGUUCACCGAUGAAGCAGGCACAUCUUUGACAUUCAUCAUGGACAUUGUCAACAAGGACUCGCCAGUUGCAGUUCAGUUUAUACAGAAAUGCCAAGAAAACCAAGUUAAGGUGCCUAUGUUUGAUAGUGAGGAAAUGGACUCUGCCAUUCUAUCUGUGUUUGCAGCCCUUCUGUGGCACACCCAACAACUGCGGGAGGAUAUAAAGAAGUACUUUUUGGCGAAGGGUGAUAUGACCAUCCCAGAAGGCAUCUACCAGGCCUACGCUACUGCAGAUUCUCUCCGAUUACCUCUCGCGAGUCAAAAACAGGCACAACAAACAGCUGAAGAUGGAAACACUUUGCCUGAUGAUGUUAACCCAGUGGUCAUAUGCAAGGAAAAAGCAACAUACUUAUUAAAAUUUGCAGGUUUAACCAAAGUUCAGUUGAAAUAUGAGAUGCGAACAAAGGCUCACAAGAAUUCUUUCAAGAAACUUGGAAACAAGAAGUCUGAUAAGCAUUUUUUGAAAAUUGAUGUUGCAGAAAAGUACCCUUCGUUUCGCCUUGUGAUGGAGUUUGUCCAGGAUCCUGCAUGGACUACUGACAGGGUUGACAUGAUGCUGGGUGAACGGACAAGCUAUGCUACAGGACUGGCAGAUGUCUACACGUUUAUGACGACGUUGAUACGCAGUCUCCGUGUCGAAAACCCGUUUCAGAUUCCAAUUGUGUUGUUUUUCCAAGAACUUCUCAGUUAUCAAGACCGGUUUGUUUCACAUUAUGCGGAUGGUCUUGACGGGUGUGGCCUUCAACAAGAGGGUCGUGUUCGUCUCUCGUACUACACACUGAUACGAACACUGGCCGAGGUCUUUCAGAAGUUUCACCACCAUGAGAUUGAACAGCAAGUAGUAUCAGCGUACGACUACAUUCAAGCCUGUUUUUUACAUCUACUUGACAUACAGUGGCAGCCAUAUGAUCUCUCAUUUGUAGCAGACAUCAAAUUACCCGAGUUGUUUCUUAGCAUAGCAAAGGAGACGGUGAAGAUGCGCGACUGCACAGUGAGUCAGCAGGAGGAGGAUGAAGAGCUGAGGGAGUACAACCAGUGCAUGAAGUGGUUCGAAGAGUGCGGCAAGGGGUUCAGCGUCUGGUAUGAGCGCAAGGAAGACGCGUCCAAGGAGGAGAAGAAGGCUCUUCAGAUGUUUGUCGGGAGGUUCUGUGAUCUGCUUGACGUGGAGAUCAGCUGUGAUGGGUGUGGAGUCACUCUGCCUGGACGUCGGUACCGCUGUCUCAACUGUAUGGACAUGGACCUGUGUACUACAUGUUACUGUGGAGGUGUAAAACCAGAAGGAGAACACCGGGAUGACCAUGAUAUUGUUCAUCUUGUGUACAAGUGCAACAAAUGUCAGGCCUUCAUAGUGGGAACUAGGAUACACUGCAAUGAAUGUGAGGACUUUGAUCUCUGCCUCGGCUGUCAUCUAAAGGCAAAGUUUCCAUCAGGGCAUCUAACAUCUCAUGAUAUUACCAAAAUACCAAUGGUGAAAUUGAAAACGUCGGAAGCAACUGACUCGCUCAUCCAGGCGUACAUACAUCAGCACGUGUGGAUGUUAUUCAGUGCUCUGUCGCUGUCUCUGGGAGACAUCAUCUACCACAGUGACAGUGCAAACAGUAUCGACACAGACUAUCUCAAACUGGCCGCCCAGCUACAGAACCAGUGCAUCACUCUGAGCACACACUGUCUACAGAAGGUUCCUGCUGACGCCGACGAUAGCAGAAAGUGUCUGCUGGACAAGAAGAGCCAGACACUGGAGAGUCGACAGGAAGAGGCGUUCGCCAUUCACUCACAAGAAAGGAUCAUGGGAUUGCUUGGGGCCAUGAUCCCUAUAGACCACAAGGCUCAGGUGACAGGAAUUUCCUACAACUUCACAACCGAAGGCUUCUUAAAGCUGUUGUUUACAAUAGCCAGAGGUGACAGUGACCAUGAAUUGAAUACCCAGCACCUAGCGAUGGGAUUGCUAAGUCGUCUCCUGGCCAAGAGUUCAGCAGCGGUAGCUGAUCCUUGUGUCAAGGAAGUUCUUCAUCUACCUUCUUCGUCAGUCGAAAAAGAAGGGGAAGCAACUGUUAAAUACUUGUUUUCAUUUGGUGCAUCGUGUUUGGAAAGAAGUGGUUUGGAGUGGGCGUGUUCGAUGGCAAGAAUUCUCGGAACUCUGUCCCGGUCUGAGCAGUGGAAGCCGGUUGUCAGCCAUCACAUUUCUACGUGUAUACAAAGUCUGCGCCAGAAACCUGAGCUGUCAUCCAUUUUUGCCAUGUUUGUGAUGGCAGGAUUUCCUGAGGUGCUGACGAUAGGGACCCUUGUGCAGUACUUUCACAGAACACUGGAGACAAAGACGGGUGUCGUCAUGAAGCACUUUCCCGACAAGUACAUCACUCUUGUCGUAGAUGUUUGUACGAGGAAACGGCUAACAAUUAAAGACCAGUACGUGACAUGUCUUAACGAGGCAGUAGAGGUAUGGAACACGAGUCACAUGUCGGAGUUCACGAGCAUCAUCAUUGAUACUGUCACCAAGCUGCGAGCAGGCGAAGAGGUGGGUGUGGAAAGUUUAUGGGUGUUGUCGUUGGCCCUGAAGGUUGUGAACAACUCGGUGAAGAGUGAGGAGUCACACCACUUCACUGACGGACUCUUCCAGCCAGACUUCAUCCAGUGUCUCGUCUUCGUCGCUAGCAAGGCCACCGGCUUCAGUCAGCAGUGGCUGCUAAAAGAUCUUGAGGUCUUGUCGCUAAUGCUGUACACUCACGACGGAGCCAGCAAGAAGAAAAAGCUGAACAUGCCAAAAUCUGACAAGGAUGUGGUCGAAGCUAAGACUGUCGAGAAGAAGGCCAGCACUAGCGACAGCAGCUGCAGCAGCGACAGCGACGAUGAUGACGACGAUAACAACAUAGGAGAUGAUGACCUCAGUUUGACCUCGUCGGAUCAGUCGAUGCCAACAGAUGAGGACAGCGAGCUGUUUGGAACUAUCGACGACAAAACCAAGAACCUGUUCUUUGCAUUGCACCAUGAACUAAAUGUGCCUCUAUCGGUGUUAAGGGUGAUCUUUGAAAUGAAUGAGGGAGAUGUCCAAGCUGUUAAAAAAGCUAUUCUUGAAAACUUUGGAAAUUCAACAGAAAUCAAGAAUAUUAUAGACAAAUGGUCCGAAGGUCUGGAAGCUAAGAGUUCUGAAAAGGUGGUUAGUUCUGUAUCAGAGAAGGUCAUCGACACUGGAAUCCAUUUCCACCCAGUGUUAAACAGAGUUAGCAGAACGAUCGACAAAGCCGUCAGUGACACAGAGCUGUCAACAGAGAACUUCAUUCAGCUGGAAGAUGGCAUCAAAGGGGAGAUAAGUGAGAAGUGUCGCACGAAGAGCGCGGAGCUGCUGAAACGCGAGUUGCAGAAGCACGACCAGCCUGACUCCAGGGACUACGUGGCUAAAGUGAACAUGGCGAUGGCCAUCCUCUAUGCCAGACAUCUUCUCACAGGACUGCUGGCCUGUUGGCCGGAGGACGGGCAUCCAAUCAACGCGGUGCUACUCGGCUGCAAGGAGGUCCGACAGAUUCCGUGUGUCCUUGACCUCUUGUACAAAACCGACAGUCACGACUGCUUUGAAAAAGUUGUCCAGAAGGUGAUAGAGCACUGUGACUCGAACAGCCUGGUUCCCAUCGCAUGCACCGCGUGCCAGUUCAUGGAGGAGGUAACUCUGUCGGCUGUGUCACGCGAGAGUGAACACCCGCACAAGCUGGAGCCCAUGGAGGAGAAAAUACAGCUUACCGGUGCAGCUUUCCUCACUGUCAGCUUCGACAACAAGUGUGCAAUCGAGGACUAUCUGUCGGGCCUGGAGUUUGGUACGGAUGAAAGCCGCACUAAAAACAGUCACUGCUUUACUGGGAAAAACCACUGGAAUAGUUUCCAAGUACCAGGUGACACACUGUAUUACAAGUUUCUCGUCGACCCAGAUGAGUCUUCUGCCAGCUGGGGCUACAAGUUCAUGGUGACGGCCGGAACACGAGACAGCUUUGAGACAGGACACACCAUACUCAAUGCGGUUCUGUCCUCGGAUGUAGCAGGAUGUUUGCCGCUGGGCGAUCUGUGGUCUAGUCUGGUGUAUGUGGCAUGCAAACAGAUGUCGCUCCAACGACUCAAGGCAAUCCAGCUGCUUCUCAAGAUUGUACUGGCACAGAGUCGGACAAAAACACAGUCAACGAGUGAAGAGCCGAAGCUGGCGAUUGACCUGAGCUUGUUGAAGCCGUUGUGGAUCAUGUACAUGUCGAUGACGAAGGACGACGAAGACCCAGGGACGGUCCUGCCUCCAGUCGUCCGCGCUCUAACCGAAUUCUUCCUGCAGGUCGAGAACCUAGUCAUCGAAUGGGAUGUCGUACCAGACUACAUUGUGGCAGUCCAUGACAAGAAGGAAAUCAUGUCUGUACUCAUUGUGGGCUUGAAAAAUAUUGCAGCAGUCAGUCACAUGAUUGGAUUGGAUAAUGCUGCGACGAGCAUCACUAACCUCUUCAGACCAGGAGAACUAGUUCGAAAGGACUCGGGCACUCCAGUUGAUCCUGUUUAACAAACAACUCGGCCUUAAGUAGCAUACCGAUUACUUAAUAACUGUGAUAUUCAUCCUGUGAAAGGAGCAUUUCUGUGUAUAAUUGGUGCCGGUGAAGAGAAGAACUGCUACAAAAAAAAAUGGAAUUUAACUUUCUUUCUGCUGUCUAAAUAAUAUACAUUCAAGUAAUACUUCAGCGGUCUUGUCUGUUGUGUGGAUAGUAGUACAGAAGUGGACUUAACUGUUUCUGUGUAGAUAAUGGUACUGAACUGAAUCACUGCUUCUGUGUAGAUAAUAGUACAGAAGUUCCAAGUAGAUAAUAUUUUAAUGAUACUGAAAUGAAUCCCUGCUUCUGUAUGGAUAAUUGUACAAAAGUGCACUUCACUGGUUCUCUCUACAUUAUAGUACUGAACCACUGUCUGUGUAGAUAGUAGUACAGAAGUGCACUUCACUGGUUCUGUACUUCACUGGUUCUGUGUAGCUAAAAAGUACCACGCUGAAUCACUGUCUGUGUAGAUAGUAGUACAAAAGUGCACUUCACUGGUUCUGUGUAGAUAAAAAGUACCAAGGUGAAUGGCUGCUUUUGUGUAGAUAGUAGUAUACAGAAGUGUAAUUCACUGGUUCUGUGUAGAUAAAAAGUACCAAGCUUAAUUGCUGCGUUUGUGUAGAUAGUAGUAUACAGAAAUGGACUUUAGUGGAUUUGCUGUGGUGAUAAUAGUAUACAUGUGAGAUGUUUGACAUCUGAUGCUUGUUAAUUAAACAUUGUACUCAGGUGUCACUCAACAAACAUUCUUGUGUGAAAAGAGCAUAGAGUCGACCAACGCAAAACUGAAUUAAAACUACUAACUGGACUUGAAGAGUAUCAUCACAAAAGGCGAUAAACGCCAUAUUUAAAACCAUUGUGCAAACCCCACUCAGACACUGUUAACAGGUAGACAAAUACCAGUUCAAAUUCAGUUUUAGCAAAACGCGAUACAAUUGUCUGAGGAUAUACCGCAGAUUGCAGAGGAUCUGGUGUGGCGAUUAUGGUGAUUUGGAAUAAAACGUUUUUAGAAUUGGGUGUGUAUAGUGGCGUUUAUCGCAUUUUGUGAUGAAACUCUUCACUUGUUUAUUGCUUCUGUAUAAAACAAACAAUAUACUUAAGUAAUUUAAAACUAGACUAGUGUUGCUGUGCAGUGGAUUAUCAAAAAGUGGCAGACAUUGAUUAUCGAUGGCUGUUAACGGCCGUCACUGCUGCCUACUGGUACUUACAAUAAUACACAUCACUUCAUCCAGAUAAUAUAGUUGCUUUCCUAUUUUUUAACAGCUCCCUACUAUCAAAGAUGAUAAACAAUUUGGCUAUGUAUACCUGGAGUUUUUUGGUCUAAAUAAUAGUUAAUAGAAUGAUAGGAGUAUGAUCUUGUUUGUUAUUGUAUAGAUAAUAUUACACAAAUCAAAUCAAACAGGACUUGCUGUUUGGAUAGUAGUACUUACACCAGUCCGAAAACAAAUUCAGAAAAAUAAUAGCUUAUCUGUAAUAUAGUUGUGUUUUUCAAUGCUCUGUUUCUGUUGUGUAGAUACAUAUACACAAAUAAUACAUAUUUAAAGUAGAUUGUUAUAUUCAUGGUGUAUGGGACAUACAAGUAGACCAAUAUUUAAAUGUGUCGGUGAAAAACAGCUGCCAGAGAUUAUGGGCAACAUAUUUUAACAAGUUAUUUUUGUUAACCUGAAUUUCAUUUGUAAUAUUAUUCCAUUUUAUAAAAUUUUUAAAGGGAUACAGUUUUCAUAGUACACAGGUAUUUUAAAGAGUUACCAACUGAUAUUGGCUUUCCUUGCUUAAUAGUUUCAAAAGAGCUAUCUUUGGAAUACAUGACCUAUGUUUUACACCUAUGUGUAUUGUACAGCUUUUGAAUACCCUGCAAUAAAUGUUGUAAUUUCAGUGAACAGAAUAUAUGUUUUUCACCAAACAAAACAAACACCAAGAUACAGUUCAGUGACCGACACCCUUUCUCAUCAUUCCAGAAUUUCACUUUAAUUUAUUUUUGUGCUUCAAGCACUGUUUUGGACACACACCUCAACAAUCGGCUCCAAAUUCAACCAGCCGGGGUUUUUUCGCUAACGUUUGCAAACUAUUUUGACUGGUUCCUCAAGUGGUAAUUUGGUUUAAUGUGUAGCAUAAAAAUUAAAAAACCCAGUCUAGCGAACGUUAGUGACAAGUGGUUGGCUGAACUUGCCCAUGCGCUGUCUGUCCAGGACUGGGUUACUAGUUCAUAAGAAAGAAGUAGGGGUAGUGGCCUUACACCUCCCCAUAGACCCAUUAAAGGUUGUUCUGUGUCGGGGACUGGUACCUGCCAGCCUUAAGUCUGAUGGCUUAACCGCUACACCACCGAGGCUGUAAUCAUACACAGAACUGCUUGGAAGGGGGGAAAACAACUCUAUGGAUGAAUGAAGAUCGAUAAAUCCUACAACUAAUUGUACCACUGCGCUGCAUCUUGUUUCAAAGAUGAUCUCUUUAUUAAAGCUGUUUUCAGUGCCAUCUACUGAAAGUACAAAUGUAAUUUGAUUCCAUACAAAUUUGCAUUACAGAGACUGUUUCAUCGAUAUAAAAUGUUUGAUGUUUAUUUGCAAUCUGUGAUAAUGUUUUCUUCACUUAAUCAUUAAUGUACCUGUACAACCAAUGCCCAAAUUAUUGGAUAAAAUGACAAGACUGACAAUCCAGCGCACAGCGUAUUGUUCGAGUUUCAUUUCGUUGGAUUGUCAGAGUAAGAUGUACAUAGAUUGGUUUUGUUUUAUACCCCGUUAAAACCCAUCGGUGAGAAUUGCGUUUCAUAAGAAUAUAUUAUCAAUUGAACAGAAACCGUAACUGAAAUUUUUUUAAUUAAAAUAUAACGGGUAGUACCUGUACAUAGAUUUUUGUUUUAUACUUUCAAUACCACCAGGAUUGCUGUUGAUACAAGAUGGGGAGAACUGUCAAAGAUUUCAAGAAAAAUGGAAUAUAUGGAAUAUUUGGAAAACCUUGAAAGAAUUGAAUAAUAAAAAUAAAAUACUCAGUAAAAUUUAUGUACUAGUUAAAAGUGAUGAAAUAGCAAUUUAACAAAUUCAACUGUAAAAUAAUUGUCAAAGGUUUUAAGAACAAUGGAAUAUUUUGUUUGAAAAACCUUGAAAGAAUUAAUAAUACAAAUAAAUACCCAAUACAAUUAUUGUAUUAUACUGUUUUCAGAACGAUAGCAUAGCAGUAUGCUAACAUCAACUGUAAAAUGAAAAAUGAAAAAUAAUUUUAUAUAAUUUUCUAAUUAAGUCUGUUACAAAUUGUGGUAUUUUUAACCCAUUUUAUAUUACUACAUGUAGCUUUUAAAAAACAAAAAAAAUUGUAUGUUUAAUUUGUUCAUAUUGGGUGCAAUUGUUUCAUGUUGUAAUUAUAGGAAGCAUAAUUGCUUCUGUUUCAAAAUUAAAAUAUAUAUACCAUAUAUAUAUAUAUAUACCUUAAGGUUUUACUGCAGGUUAUAUUUACGUGCAUAUUAUGUGUGUGAUCAGUAUAUUCAUAUGAUUAAUAUGUAAAAUAUCAACUUGAGUAAUAUUUUUCAUAAUGUUGCUAUGUUGACAGAUUAAUAUGAACAACAACAAAAAUACUGUUUUAUUAUGGAUAAGUGCUAUGUAUUUGUUCUGCCGUUUCUUUAUUUUCUACCAGAGAAUAAUACUCUGUUGAAGACAUAACAUUUUUGUGAAUAAAACUCACAAGAUG